GUGAGGUGGGCAGUGUAAUAUCGCGUGUCGUCUUUUCCACGAAGCGAAUCCACAACCAUCCGUCAAAAUGGUGAGUAAGCUAGUUAGUUUAUUUCGGGGAAUAGUGUGUUCAUGGUGUCUGCUACUUCAAUAUGUAACUUUUAAGUAUAUAAAUGUCUGUUGAAACUAAGAUGAUAGUUUGCGGUAACUUGGGCUUGGAACAAAAUGGCACCCAUUUUUUGUGAACAGACCUCUUCUUGCCGCAGAGCAGUGCCGAAACCCAAAUGGACCAGACUACGCCCGUUUUCACCCGGUUUUAUAAUGCCCCAUGUCAAAGAGACCACCUUUGCCUGUCAUGUCCUUCCAAUUAGGUACUAGCGUGACACUAAAUGUCGAUGUGCCGGUCAGUCUCGUCUUGUUCUCUUGCUGGCGGUCUAUUGUCAGCCAAGUCUUAUAUUGCAAUAUUGGCCGCGUCGAAUUGUCUUAACUAGCUUCUAGUUAUGUUAACGUUAUUUGUCCCAUAUCCAGCAACGCUAACGCUGUCUGUGCUAACUAGCUAGUUAAGUUUGCUUGCUAGCUGACGUUAGUUAACCGGCUAACGGUAUGUUGAACGUCGGACGUAACUAGCUGUACACGUGGCCUAUUCAGGCUGCGCUGUCUGAAAGCGCUUGUCUCUUCUUGACCAUAAUGGUUGUGCUCGAAUUGAAAUCUGCUCAGUUUGUAAUUCAGGAACAGCUGUUUGUUAUAACGUUAUUAUAACGUUGUCUAGCUACGUUAGCGCACUACCUACUUUGUGCGAUUAAAUUGCAGGUGUAGUUAACGUUAGCUAGCUGACGUGUAUCUUUUUCUGGCAACUCUGCUUCGCGGCCUAACGAAACCUAGCUAGCUAGCUGCUUUUGUCAGGUUGCAUGGCGGUUGCUAGCCAAAUGUCCCAUCGUGGACUCAUUGCCAUCCAAGACGCACCAUGAUUUACCUCACUGUUGCAGUUUUUGCCUGGCGUUGAAAAAUUAAAGCAUGACGCCAGUUAAAGUCCUGUCGGCUAACCCGCGAGCAUGCUCAUGAUUGUUUGCGUGCCACGGUCCGCAUUGGCAAUUCAAUUGCAUCAGCUUUCAGUGCGUCACAUCUGCCAUAAUGGUACUGCAUUGUGCAUUCCACAGUUUUAUAGCAAGAAUCAGCAAUUAUCAUACCUUUGUUAUACCUCCUAGCUACAUUGUUACAGUAUAAUACCUUAAAUUCCCCAUUCUAGAAGAGCUUGAUGAUGACAGUGUGGCCAUGUAAAUAACUACUAGGGUGACACUGCCUAAGCUGGUUAUACUACUCAAUAUUUGGGACUUAGAACUUUAUUAACAAUGUGGAAGGACAAGGGAGAAUAAACUACUUUUUUCCGCCCAUAGGUGAACUUUACCGUAGACCAAAUCCGUGCCAUCAUGGACAAGAAGUCCAACAUCCGUAACAUGUCUGUGAUUGCGCACGUCGACCAUGGUAAGUCCACCUUGACAGACUCGCUGGUGUCGAAGGCUGGUAUCAUCGCAGGUUCCCGUGCCGGAGAGACCCGCUUCACCGACACACGAAAGGACGAGCAGGAGCGCUGCAUUACCAUCAAGUCAACGUGAGUGUCCCCUGGCGUACUUGUGCACAUUUUUCCUGACUGGCCAGAAUUAGGAGUGAGGCUUCUGGUGGCCUGAAUGUAUUGUAGACUAAGAACACUAUUUCCUUCCCUGCAGCGCCAUCUCCAUGUACUACGAGCUCUCAGAGAACGACAUGGCCUUCAUCAAGCAGUGCAAAGAUGGCGUUGGGUUUCUCAUCAACCUGAUUGACUCUCCAGGCCACGUUGACUUCUCCUCUGAGGUCACAGCCGCUCUCCGUGUCACUGAUGGGGCCCUGGUCGUUGUGGACUGUGUGUCAGGUAAGAAGGCGGACUAGCGCCCUAGUUAUGUCUGACACGAUCAUGCUUUUAAUUUCUGUAAAAAAUAUUGGCGUGUUCUAUAAUUUGUGAACAAGUAUUUCUUUAUUUUCAGACAUCUGUCAUACAGGAUGUCAUAUUGAUGCUAGGUUCGGUGAUUGAGGUAUAUUACAAAAAGGAGUAGGAGCCAGUCAACAACCAAACAAACCAAUCCAUUAGUUUUAAACAUUUUCCUAGCUCACUGUCUGCUCUUGUCCUUCCCUACCCAGGUGUGUGUGUGCAGACCGAGACCGUGCUCAGGCAGGCCAUUGCUGAGCGUAUCAAGCCUGUGCUGAUGAUGAACAAGAUGGACCGUGCCCUGCUGGAGCUGCAGUUGGAGCCUGAGGAUCUGUUCCAGACCUUCCAGCGCAUUGUGGAGAAUGUCAACGUCAUCAUCGCCACCUACGGAGAGGACGAGGGCGGUCCCAUGGGCGCCAUCAUGGUAAGCAACUUAUUUUGGCUGUAUAGUGCAAUGUCAGAAAUGGUUGAAUAUCAGCUGUGAAAUUGUGGCAUUGCUCCAGUUCUGUUUUGCACCCAAUGGCAAAACUGCAGUUUACAUGAAUAUUGAAAGCAUUUCUCUGUAAAUGGAAUACUAGCUGCUUUGUCUCAACCCCACCCCAAGUAGUGAACACAAGUGCUGUCAAACUAACGACUAUUGUGUCACAGAUUGACCCAGUCAUUGGAACUGUUGGCUUUGGGUCUGGACUUCAUGGCUGGGCCUUCACCCUGAAGCAGUUUGCUGAGAUGUACGUGAUGAAGUUUGCUGCCAAGGGUGAUGCACAACUAGGACCAGCAGAGCGCUGCAAGAAGGUGGAGGACAUGAUGAAGAAGCUGUGGGGUGAAAGGUGAGGACAACUCACUGUCGACCUUGUAAUCAUCCAGAACUGGCUACUGAUUUAAGAUUGCCUGGUACAUGUCAAGUUUGCAGUGUAGGUAAAUGGUGAUAUUUUCUUCCCCUUCAGGUUUUUCGACCCAGCCACUGGCAAGUUCAGCAAGUCUGCCACCGGACCUGAUGGAAAGAAGCUCCCACGUACCUUCUCUCAGCUCGUGCUGGACCCCAUCUUCAAGGUGAGUGGGGACAUGACUUUCCCAGUGUUUGCAGUUUGGUCGGGUGAAAGGGAUACCAGCCAUAUACCUAUCUGACCAGGAAAGCACAUUUCUUAUUGUGCCAUUUAGCGCUUUAUGCCUAUGAGUGAUGACUUUAACAUUCUUCACUUUGACCUGAUUGUCCAGUGAUGAUAACCUUCAGUCUGACAUGCAUGGCGAAGGCAAUGCUAUAGUUAACUCUCCCCAUAUGAUCGCAUCUGUGUAUUAUUGUUGUCCACCCAUGUUUUACUUCUGUUUCUGUUAUAGGUGUUCGAUGCCAUCAUGAACUUCAAGAAGGAGGAGACCGCCAAGCUGAUUGAGAAGCUAGACAUCAAGCUGGACAAUGAGGAUAAGGAGAAGGAGGGCAAGCCCCUGCUGAAGGCUGUGAUGCGUCGCUGGCUGCCAGCCGGAGAGGCCCUGCUUCAGAUGAUCACCAUCCACCUGCCCUCUCCUGUCACUGCCCAGAAGUACCGUUGUGAGCUGCUUUAUGAAGGACCUGGUGACGAUGAAGCUGCCAUGGGUAAGACUACUGCCUCUGUCUCCUUUCCUUCAUCUGCACUCAUCUGGAAACAUGGAUGGUACUGUAUACCGGUCUAUGUUAACCCAACUGUUUCAUCUUAGGAAUCAAGAACUGCGACCCCAAGGCUCCCUUGAUGAUGUACAUCUCCAAGAUGGUGCCCACCACCGACAAGGGUCGCUUCUACGCCUUUGGCCGUGUCUUCUCUGGCUGCGUGUCCUCUGGCCAGAAGGUGCGCAUUAUGGGACCAAACUUCACCCCUGGAAAGAAGGAGGACCUCUACAUCAAACCAAUUCAGAGGUUGGUACACUCGAAAGCUACACUUCAAAUUACCAUACUUUGUAAUUUGUCUUGUGCAGUCUAUGAAGGACAUGUAAAUCAUUUGUGACGAUGCAGUGAGCCCAAAGUGCAUUCAAGAGUAACACUGUACAUGCUGUAUAAGCUCUUGCACUGUAUUUAUCUGUUUACUGACUUGCCCCUGUUCCUCGUUAGGACCAUUCUGAUGAUGGGACGUUACAUUGAGCCUAUCGAGGACGUGCCAUGCGGGAACAUUGUUGGUCUGGUUGGAGUGGACCAGUACCUGGUGAAGACCGGUACCAUCACUACCUUUGAGCAGGCCCACAACAUGAGGGUGAUGAAGUUCAGCGUCAGCCCUGUGGUGAGAGUGGCAGUGGAAGCCAAGAACCCUGCUGACCUGCCCAAGCUGGUGGAGGGCCUGAAGCGUCUGGCCAAGUCUGACCCCAUGGUGCAGUGUAUCAUCGAGGAGUCUGGAGAGCACAUCAUCGCUGGAGCCGGAGAGCUGCAUCUGGAGAUCUGCCUCAAGGAUCUGGAGGAGGACCAUGCCUGCAUUCCACUGAAGGUACACUAGUCCUCCAUGCUUUUUUACAUGUGGCUUCACAUGAUCCCUUCUACAAUGGUGUCACGGUACAAGCAGUAUUAUGCUACUGAUGUAUUUAAUAAACACCCCUCCCUCCCACAGAAAUCAGACCCAGUGGUUUCCUACAGGGAGACCGUGUCCGAGGAGUCUGAUCAGAUGUGCCUGUCCAAGUCCCCAAACAAACACAACCGUCUGUACAUGAAGGCCCGGCCCUUCCCUGACGGCCUGGCUGAGGACAUCGAGAAGGGCGACGUCAGCGCCAGACAGGAGCUGAAGAUCCGUGCCCGUUUCCUGGCCGACAAGUACGAGUGGGAUGUGUCUGAGGCCCGUAAGAUCUGGUGCUUCGGCCCCGACGGUACCGGCCCCAACCUACUGAUGGACGUGACCAAGGGAGUCCAGUACCUGAACGAGAUCAAGGACAGCGUGGUGGCCGGCUUCCAGUGGGCCGUCAAGGAGGUGUGCAAGAUUUAUGGAUGUAGUUUUUCCUGCUCUUAGGCAAAAGUUGUUAGUGACUUUAAAACCAGCUUACCAACUUUCAAAGAUGCAGAAUUGCAUUCCAUUUAGGGGAAUACACCAAGGGUAGUUUUCAAAGUGAGGAUGUUGAUUUGUCAAGCAACCCAAAGUACUUGGUUCAAUACCUUAAACAUGACACUUGUUUUCAGGGUGCCCUGUGCGAAGAGAACAUGCGUGCUGUCCGCUUUGAUGUCCAUGAUGUGACCCUCCACACAGACGCUAUCCACCGUGGUGGUGGUCAGAUCAUUCCCACAGCCCGCCGAGUGCUGUACGCCUGCCAGCUUACAGCACAGCCAAGACUCAUGGAGCCUGUCUACCUGGUGGAGAUUCAGGUAUGCUUACAAUUCACGUUCACAAUGUUUGCUUUCAACAAGGACUAGGUCUAUGAUGAGAAAUCAUGCACCACGCUGAACAAGUGAUGGAUAAACCCAUAAACCACAAUAUCUGAGACCUGGAUGUACAAAUGAGCUCUCAACUAGAGGCUAAUGGAAGUUGACUAGAAAAUGCUACAAUUCUAGAAUCGCACAGCUUUUGCAUACCUGUUGGCGUUAACCAUAGAAUUCAAUGUUAACCUUGUUUCCCCCUCUCCCUGCAGUGUCCUGAGCAGGUGGUGGGAGGCAUCUACGGUGUGCUGAACAGGAAGCGUGGUCACGUGUUCGAGGAGUCCCAGGUCAUGGGAACCCCCAUGUUCAUCGUGAAGGCCUACCUGCCUGUCAACGAGUCCUUCGGUGAGUGACUCGCCAACUGCAGUCCACUUUACCCUUGUCAUAUGCACUUAUCAGGGCUAUAUGAUUCCCUGUUGUAGUAAAAGUCUGCGGCCCUUCUGUAUAAUGUGUAGAACCUCAUGUAUGCUAAUACCUGUGUUUUCUCAAGGUUUCACAGCUGACCUGCGUUCCAACACUGGUGGCCAGGCUUUCCCCCAGUGUGUAUUUGACCACUGGCAGAUCCUCCAGGGAGAUCCCCAGGACUCUACCACCAAAAUUGCUCAGAUUGUGGCUGACACCCGUAAACGUAAGGGGCUCAAGGAGGGCAUUCCUGCAUUGGACAACUACCUGGACAAAUUGUAAAAGGCUACCCUCUCAUUCCCCAGCCCCAUUUCCCCCCUCCAAUACUGAGGGACAGGACUGUACAGAUCAACAUGAGCACUAACAUUUGCCACAAAAAAAAGUCAAGACCGUAUCAAAGAAAUUUGGAAGAAUUGUAAACUAAAUAAAAAUGGAAAAUAAAAA